UUCUUCAAGGGGUCCCUGCCGGGAGGUUGCAGACGAGUAGGUCAGACGGAGGGAGCGCGGAUUCCUGGGCCCCAGGGUCCCCCCGCGAUUUCCCUAGCCAAAUAUUCUCUACCUUUUCCCCACCUUGGAGAUGGGAAGCUCCAGGGCUUCGGAAUCACACUAGCCCUGACUACUGCCAGCCGUUGUGGCCUCUCCCAGCCUGUUUCCACUUCUGUACACGGGGAAUAAUGAGACCUGCCUGGCUGCAUAUAAACCAGUGAACCUACCUGGAAGACAGAAGGCGCUUAUUACAUACGUCUCCCGCUCAUCUCCCCACACCUGCAGAGGCGGUGGCGAUGCCGUUGGGGACGCAGGCAGAGGCAGCGGAGCGCGAGGACGCGGAGCUGCGGUGCCGCGUGGCUGUGGAGGAGCUGAGCCCAGGCGGGCAGCCGCGAAGGCGCCAGGCCCUACGCACCGCGGAGCUGAGCCUGGGUCGUAACGAGCGCCGCGAGCUGAUGCUGCGGCUGCAGGCGCCAGGGCCCGCGGGGCGGCCGCGCUGCUUCCCCCUGCGCGCCGCGCGCCUCUUCACGCGCUUCGCAGCGGCCGGGCGCAGCACUCUGCGGCUCGCGGCCGAGGGUGCUCCCCGGGCGGGCGCGGUGCAGCUGCUGCUCUCCGACUGCCCCCCGGACCGCCUGCGCCGCUUCCUGCGCACGCUGCGCCUCAAGCUGGCAGCGGCCCCAGGUCCCCCUCCGGCCUCCGCACGCACGCAGCUGCUUGGCCCGCGGCCCCGCGACUUUGUCACUAUCAGCCCGCUGCAGCCCGAGGAGCUUCGGCGCGCGGCGGCCACCCGGGUCUCGGACACAAUGCCAGUGAAGCGGCCCGCGGAGCCCCGGCCGGAGGUUGAGCCCAGCACCGAAGUCCCAAGGUGGCCCCUGCCUGUGAAGAGGCUGAGUUUGCCCCCCGCCAAACCGCAGCUUUCUGAGGAACAGGCUGCUGUGUUGAGGGUUGUCCUGAAAGGACAGAGCAUUUUCUUCACUGGGAGUGCAGGGACAGGGAAGUCUUAUCUGCUGAAGCGUAUCCUGGGCUCACUGCCUCCUAUAGGCACUGUGGCCACUGCCAGCACUGGGGUGGCAGCCUGCCACAUCGGGGGUACUACCCUCCAUGCCUUUGCAGGCAUUGGCUCGGGCCAGGCUCCCCUGGCCCAGUGUGUGGCCCUGGCCCAGCGGCCAGGUGUGCGGCAAGGUUGGCUGAACUGCCAGCGGCUGGUCAUUGACGAGAUCUCCAUGGUGGAGGCAGAUCUGUUUGACAAGCUUGAGGCCGUGGCCAGAGCUGUCCGACAGCAGAACAAGCCAUUUGGAGGGAUCCAGCUCAUCAUUUGUGGGGACUUCCUGCAGCUGCCACCUGUAACCAAGGGCUCCCAGCCCCCACAGUUCUGCUUCCAGGCCAAGAGCUGGAGGAGGUGUGUCCCAGUGACCCUGGAGCUGACCGAGGUGUGGAGGCAGGCAGAUCAGACCUUCGUCUCUCUGCUGCAGGCCGUGCGGCUGGGCAGGUGCUCAGAUGAGGUGACCCGCCAGCUCCGGGCUACUGCCACCCACAAGGUGGGGCGAGAUGGGAUUGUGGCCACGAGGCUCUGCACCCACCAGGAUGAUGUGGCCCUUACCAAUGAGAGGCGGCUGCAGGAGCUACCAGGUGAAGUACACAGCUUUGAGGCCAUGGACAGUGACCCUGAGCAAGCCCGGACCCUGGAUGCCCAGUGUCCCGUUAGCCAGCUCCUUCAGCUAAAGCUGGGGGCCCAGGUGAUGCUGGUGAAGAACUUAGCAGUGUCCCGGGGCCUGGUGAAUGGCGCCCGAGGGGUGGUAGUCGGGUUCGAAGCUGAGGGCAGAGGGCUGCCCCAGGUGCGGUUUCUGUGUGGAGUCACCGAGGUCAUCCGGGCUGACCGCUGGACAGUGCAGGCCACAGGGGGCCGGCUUCUCAGCCGGCAGCAACUACCCCUCCAGCUGGCUUGGGCAAUAUCCAUCCACAAGAGCCAGGGCAUGUCCCUGGACUGUGUGGAGAUCUCUCUGGCCCGUGUGUUUGCCAGUGGCCAGGCCUACGUAGCCCUUUCCCGGGCCCGCAGCCUGCAGGGCCUGCGUGUGCUGGACUUUGACCCCAUGGCGGUUCGCUGUGAUCCCCGUGUGCUGAGCUUCUAUGCCAACCUGUGGCGAGGCGGGGGCCUCAGCCUGGACUCCCCAAAUGAUGAUGAGGCAGCCUCAGACCAGGAGAACGUGGACCCGAACCUUUGAGCCACAAAAAGAAGACAAAGGAUGGUCUCACCAUGCUCCUGCACCCUAAGGCCAGGGUCUCAGGGGAUAACAGGGGGAGGGUGGUCAGUGUCCCUUCCUCCCUUCAUUAGGGGCUCCAAGCCUCCUGGCAGGGUUCAAGGGAGAGUGCUUCCCACCCAUUUGCCAGCUGUGUCUCAGUUUCUCCCCUUGCCCUGGCUGAGCUGCUUCUAGGGGCAGGAGUAACCCUUUCUGUGCCGGUUGGGAAUGGUCCUGUAGGGAUACCUGGUGUAAGAGGACAGAGCUCUCUGCGAGGGCUGGCCCCAGGGCCACAUGGUCACGAAUGCUGCUCCUUUUGGGCUGCAGAGGGGAGGGGCAGCAAGGACAGGUGCUCCAGGAGCAGGAGCAGGCUGUAGGGGUCCUGGGGGGCCUCAGGCUGAGUACAGGCCCCAAACAGGGAAGGGAACCUGGGGGCAUCUUCCCAGCCAGGCCCAGCCUAGCACAAGCCAGGACAAACUCCCUCCGGACCUACUGUGAGAACACAUGCUGUGAACUGUGUGCCCGAACCUUAAGCUGCUUUUUGGGAGAAGAAAUUAUAUUUGGGGGUAUUGAAAUGAUAUUC